CAUGAGGUCGAAGGCAUGAAGAACGAUGCUCUUCGCUUUGGUCUUCACGGCGUUAAGAGCGAUAUCAUCGGAUCUCACCCUCUCGAUUCAGCCUACGAAUCUGGAAAGAAAUCAGAAGAAGAAAUGAAGAGGAAAGUGAUUAUGCAUACUUAUGGAGCUGCUCUUCCUUUGAAGAUGGAUCUUGAUAGGCAAAUCCUUUCUAGGUUUCAGAGACCUCCGGAACUAAUUCCGUCGUCAAUGCUUGGCCUUGAAGUCUACACAGGAGCUAUAAAUGAAUUUGGUUUUGAGGAUUACUUGAAUGGAAAAUUGUUCUUUUACAGCUCUAUUCCAUUUUGGUUGUGCCUUACAACUUCAUCUACUGGUCCUCUACUGGUCGUCUACUCCUACAAUCACUAA